AUGCAUGAAACCCAUCAAACUUUCCAAGGGAACCAGCCCGUGGACAACUGGUUGCGUGAACCAAAGCCCGUUAUGGUCAAGGAUGUCACAUUUGAUCGCUUCUCCAAUGGUGUGGCGGCGAAGGAGAGUGAGUACAAACCAAUAGUUGUGGAAGCUAAGAAAGACAUCAACCUCGCCAAACUAGCGAUGCUAGCGGCGGGUCUUCGCAACGUUGAUGGUCUGUGGCAGAGUACCGACAAAACAAGUACGCAUCACCAUAUUGCUGGUCACAAAGCGGGUAAACCGGCGACGCUCAUCGAAGCCAUAGAAGAAAAACCCAAGUGUGAGAGGAAAGAGAUUGAUGGAAAUCUGCUCAAUGCGUGCUCGGAGUGUUUCAAGCUGAGCAACCCGUGUUCCUGGACGCCAAACGUUAGAUCUAGUCGGCCCUGUAGCUCUGCUGCUGCCAACCAAGGAGCCGCCUUACUGGACGCCGAGGAUGUGCACUUCGCACGCGCAAUCGAAACGGCGAGAUCGCCGAGAGGAAUGGACCCUGGAUUCAAUGUGCCGAGCGUGAAAGACGAGGAGUACGACGACAAGGAAGCUGAUGAUCCUAGCCUUUGA